UAUGUAACAAGCUGGAUCAUUCUUCCUCUCGGAACUAUUAACGAGGCGUGACCACACGGGGAUUGAUUUGAUAUCACUGGUAACUAAGAGGUUAAAAUACCUGAGCAAAGUUAGCCAUCGUUGUGUGGACUACACCUUGGCAACUGCUAAAGGAAAAGUAGGCAGGAUCUUCCCCUUUCUGCAACCCCUCCUUCCAUCAUCCCCUCUGUAAUCUCAGUCCCCCUCUCUCACUCCCAGUGGCUGCUCCUUGCCCUGCGACUACACAACAGUACCUCCAGGACAUCAGGAUGUUUCAGUGGAAGAAGAAAUUAUACAAAGGCGUGUGCUUGACUUUCUUUUUAGCCAUCACAGUGACUGUCUUGCAGAGGGGUUCUCCUCCUGGUCUUUUCACUCAAGAUGAACAGAAGCGUUUGGAAUCCUCAGAGCUUUUGAGUGCACACAAAAGAGACACUCACCUCAGCAAUGAUGGCUUCUGGGCACCCAAGGCAGACAGACUCUUCACGGAGACACCUUAUAACACUGACCAGCCGUCAGAGUGGGAUAUAAUCUCCAUUAAUUGCACUGCCAACUCGAACCUCACCAAAUUAAGUUGGUUCACAACGUUGGAGCCUAACUUCCAGCAAUUCCUACUGUACAGGCACUGCCGCUAUUUCCCUAUGAUUAUAAAUAACCCACAAAAAUGUAGUGGGAGCAUUACACUUUUAAUAGUGGUUAAAUCAAUAAUUACUCAGCAUGAUCGCAGGGAAGUAAUUCGCAAAACGUGGGGCAAGGAGAAGGAGGUGGAUGGUAAAAAAAUAAAGACACUCUUUCUCUUGGGGACAGCAAUGAAAGAAGAUGAGCGAGCCAAUUACCAAAAACUUUUGGAGUAUGAGAAUAAGAUAUAUGGAGAUAUACUACAAUGGGACUUUCUAGAUUCCUUCUUUAAUCUGACUUUAAAAGAGGUCCACUUUCUAAAGUGGAUGAACAUUUACUGCCACAGUGUGCACUAUAUAUUUAAAGGGGACGAUGAUGUGUAUGUUAGUCCCAAUAACAUACUUGAAUACGUGGAAGGAAAUAGUUCCCCUGAUCUCUUCGCGGGCGAUGUCCUACAGAAAGCUCGACCCAUUCGUAAGAAAGAAAACAAGUACUACAUACCCACCUCUCUUUAUAACAAGAGUCACUAUCCUCCAUAUGCAGGAGGUGGAGGAUUUGUCAUGGCAGGUCCCUUGGUUCACAAAUUGUUCAAAGCAUCAGAGACUUUGGAGCUGUACCCAAUUGAUGAUGUUUUCUUAGGAAUGUGUUUGGAAGUGAUCCAUGUAAGUCCUAUCAUGCAUGAAGGAUUUAAAACCUUUGGGAUAGUCAAGAACAAAAAUAGCAAGAUGAACAAGGAGCCAUGCUUCUUCAAAAACAUGCUAGUGGUGCACAAACUCCUACCAGAUGAUCUUAUGAAUAUGUGGAAACUUGUCCAUAGUAAUUUGACCUGCUCACAGAAAGUUAACAUACUUUAGUUUUUUGUGACAAUGGACCUGGAGGGGUCUUGCCAAAUACACGUGGACUAUUCUUUUGUACUUUAUUUAAAAAUUUCUCCCUGGCAGGUUUAGGGAGUAUCUUUCAAUGAUUCCAAAUAAGUUAAUAUGGGGUGGACUAUGGUUUUAAGGAAUUUAUGUACAUCAAAGGACUUUAAAGACUCCUGACAAGACAAGGGUACGAGAAGGUACAAUACAAAUUGUUACUAUUAAAGAGCACCUGUUCUCAGUGCUGUGUUUCAACAGUUUUGUAUCUGGUUUUGCUCCAAUUUAAAAAACAUUUUUUUUAAUGACAAUGAAGAAUGGAGCCUUAUAUGAAUCAAGCAGAUGCCUAAAAAUUAAGCAGAUUCCUUAAUGUUUCAUGAGCCAGUGCUGAGCCUUUGCACUUUUCCUGUGAUCUGCUUACACACAAUGUUAGUGGAUUCCAUGAGUGUGUUACUUUAAGAUGUAAACAACCUGGAAAAAAUGUUUUUUUAUUAUUUGAUAGAGAACCUCUGACAGGUGGACUUGUACACCACCUAACUGCAUUGAAUCUUUCACUCAGACUUUAACCUUUUGGUGAUUUAUUUUGAAGCUGUUUUCUUGAAAAUUGUACCAAUUGCAUUAAUUUAUUAAAGUUCAUUUUAAAUUAAUAUAAUAAGUGAAAUAAAUCUUUGAAUUUGUGUGAAUGGGGAUUACAAUAUUUUAAUAUUUGAUCAACGUGUAAUCACUAAAAUUAACUUCACAUAUUCAUGUUACAGUCAAACCUUUAUAUUGUGUAUAUAAAUGUAUAUAUGUACUUUUAUACAUAUGAGUGAGCUGCUCAUGUCCGCUUACAACACAGUUGGAGGUUGAUUUCUGAGCUGGCUAAUGUCGAUUCUGUACAUAUUCCCAUGCACAGAAUUGCAUUCAUUGGCUAAGAGGGGUCAGCUGGCACCAGUGGAUGGACAGUGGGUUCAACUUCUGACCACUGUGGACCCAGGUAACUAGGUGGUCCCCACCGUGAUAUGGCUUGCCCCAUUAAUAAAAUAUGGGACCAGGGUACGACUGGCAUCAUAACCUCUACAGCAGGAUUUAACUUUUCUGAUUACUCCUUAUAAUCUAAUUGGUUGACUACCCUUAAAAAAACAUGUAAGGGGAACAGUUAUGCUUGUGUGAUUAUAAAGAUGCAAAAAUUAACCAAGCAGGAAUUUUUGGACAAUAUGAGAGGAUGUUUAUUUCAGAAUCUUCAGCAGUCAGGGCAAACAAACUGACCCUAGUCCACGAUAUACUAUUUUUAUCCUGAAUGGUCGAGAUCAGGAGUGUCCUUCCUCAGAAUUCAUUG